CACAGCAACAAGUCUUUCGGAAAGGAAGGCGAUACGAAGUUAGGGAGGCCAAGAUGGAGAGGCCAGAGUCCUCCAGUCUCCACCUGAAGCCUAAAAUUCUACUGAAAAUGUCCAGACCCUGGUAGAUUCAAGGGGCCUCUCUUCCUGGGCUUCCUACCGUCAGGUCACACCACUCACCUAACUUGACUUGCCUUACAACAUUUGGCAUCAGCGCCCCCUCCCGUCAAACCGUGAGAGGAAAGUCUGGUUAGAAUUUGAUGCCCGCUAGGGGCCGGGAAAGAGCGUGCUGACGGCCAUCUUUAUUAGGGUCAGAAGCCGCGGCUACGGAGAGCGAGUGAGGCCACGAAACUUUCGACUGCAAGCUGGUGAAUCCAGGCGCCCGCGGGUGUGGAGCGCCGCGGGAUGCGGGGAGGUGUCGGGCGUUAGGUUCGUUUGGGACCCGCCGUACUAUGGCCUGGGCACCCCGAUCCAGUGGCCUUCUACCUCCUCUCUCUAACGUACCCCCGUCGUGGGCGCAUCCUGUGAGCGCUGGGAAUGAGCGGGGCGAGGGGAGUCGCGGAGGGCCUGGGCUGCUCGCUGCGGGGGGCGUCCCGCGCCGGGACUCCGACAGACAGCCGUGGGAGCCCACAUCGGCCAGCGGCCCGAUGCCCUUCGCUCUGCAGCGACUCCGGGCCACGUUGCUCCGUCUGCACCGCGAGCGGGAGCAGCUCCUGCGGGCCCGGGACUGCGCCCGCCACCUGCAGGCGGUCGUGCGGCUGCUCCGCUCCAGCCCGUCGGGUAGUGCCCUCUCCCUGCAGCAGCUGCACGGCGACCUGCAGCUGUGCCCUUCGCGUGGGGCGGCUCUGCGCCUCGGCCUCCCGGGCUCCACCGAGUCGCUCCUCCUGGCUCGCCCCGUCGGGCUAGCAGCGCAGCGCCUGGAUGCUGCCAUUGAGAUGCAGCUUCGCGCCCUAGGUCGGGCACCCGCCAGCCUGGGCCUGACGUCCCAGCUAGCCGAACUGUUGCUGGUCCUUCCCUUCUACCACACUCUACAGAGACAAGUCGUGAGCUGCGUUCCUGGGGCCGCGCGCCCAUUCCCAGCGACCCGUGUGCUCCAUCUCCUGGCUGCUGAGCGGGGUUGUCAGGUGGCACACAAACUGGCUGAGGCCCUUGGUGGCUCGAGUUUACAAGACCAACUCCGUCGGCAGUGCGACGAGGAACGAGAGCUGCUGCCAGGGCUGCUCGGUCUAAUAGGGGGCGUGGCUAGUACCGACAGCAGUGGACUGAGGCUCGGAGGGCCAGGAGCCCUGUGGAGCCAGUAUUGGACCUUGCUGUGGGCAGCCUGUGCUCAGAGUCUGGAACUAAGCGUGGGACCCUGGGGGGACCCCAGAGCAGUGGCCCAACAGCUGAGUCAGGCACUGUGUCAAGCAUCCCUGCCUCAGGAGUGUGAGAAGGAGCUGUUGUCUCUGUGUCACAGCCUGCAUCAUCGGUCUCUUGUAUGGAACUGGGACCAAGGGUUCUGCCAGGCCCUGGGCUCAUCCCUGGCGGGUCAAAGCAGCCCUGUUUCACUAUCUCAGACUGCUGAGCUGUUGCAGCAGCUUUUUCCUCCGCUUUUGGACACCCUUCGAGAGCCUAAGUCGGAACUUAGCCUGUGUCUUCCUCCAGGUCCUGCACCUGUCGCUCUGGGGCUCUGUACCCUGCAGACAACCUUGAUCUGGUUCUUGGGCAGAGCUCAGCAUCACCUGGCAGCCUGGGCCCCUGGCUCCUUCCUGCUCCUGAUCCAAAAGGAUUUGCCUCCUCUACUGCGUGUAGUGGAAGAUCUGUCCAGCCUGGCCUCGGAGGCAACCUUAACCCUGGAUGUGGAGCAGCAGCUGGGCCUGGAGAUCCAGAAGCUAACUGCAAAGAUGCAGCUCCUGCCGGAAGAGUCGCUGAGUCUCUUUUUCCAAGAAUGCCAUAAACAAGCCACACAGGGCUUCAAGAUCCACAUGCCAAGGGGUCGAUACUGGAGGCUUCGACUGUGCCCUGAACAUCCCAGUGCUCCUAGUGAGUAUGCAGGGAUGGUGGUCUGCACUGUGCUGGAGCCUGUGUUGCAAGGACUGCAGGGAUUACCACCCGAAGCCCAAGUCCCCGCCCUCAGCCAGGCACUGACAGCCAUACUGGGUGCCUGGCUUGACCACAUCCUCACCCAUGGGAUCCGGUUCAGUCUGCAGGGGGCGCUGCAGCUCAAACAAGACUUCGGAGUGGUCAGGGCAGUUCUGGAACAGGAGCAGUGGGGCCUGUCCGGGGAGCUUCGCCAGACUCUACUCUCACUCAGCAUCUUCCAGCGGCUAGAUGGGGCCCUGCUGUGUCUACUGCAGCAGCCCCUGCCCAAGAAUUCAGGCCACAGAAGACCUUCCUGUUGCUGUUUUUGUAAUGAAGUCCAGACCACUGAACUGCCCACCAGCAACCUCAACAGCCUGGAAAACUUGGCACCCCCUCUACGGCCUGGAGUCUCCCCAGCUCAGAACAUGCACCUGCGAAGCACCCUAGGAGGAGGAGGAGGACCCAGUCCUGAGGCUUACCUGGCUGGAAACCAGCAGGCCUGGCUUGCCCUAAGGCUGCACCCGCACCCUCGGUGGCACCUAUCCUUUCUUUCCUGCCUGGGAACAAGCCCUGAGCCCUAGGUUGCCUAGGACCAGGAGUUCCAAAUCGUGGGCAGUUAAGCUCCAGUCGAGGAACUGUGUGUUAGAGAGGCUUAAAAUCGGGAUCUCGGGAGAACACGUAUAUAAACUACACAGUCUGGAAUUGAAUCCAAGAUCAUCCUAGUACCUGGAAUCCAGAGUAAUGGGCAAACUACAGCCGGAAAUCUUAAAGUCCGUGACAAUGAAGGCAAAAGCUAGAAACAGCUAGAUUUACAGGGUUGGCUCGCAAGAGACAGAAGCAAUCUAUAUGCUUUCUCUUGAAUCCCAGCAACAAGGCUAAAGUUAAUUAAUUCAUGGGGA